CUUGAUUUCUUCAAUUCCAGCUCUAACUUAAACGUAAUACUUCUCUUCACGGAUACUUCAGAGAUUUGAAUCCACUCUUUGCACAACUCAACGACAAAGGUGUUGUGGUUUUUUCUACAACGAUGCCACUUUCCAGCAGAUGCAAGAUAACCUCAACAUGACUUACGAGGCUGUGAAAGACGAGAAAAAUCCCCUGCUCAACAUUCGGAGCUACUUUCAUUACAUCGCUUGGCUUCGCUUUGUUGCCGUGAACAAAAAGCCUACGUGGGUGCCUGUUUACGUUGAUGCCGCCGAGCUUGGAAACGUGACGAGCUCAAUAUUCCCAGCGUUCGAUGCAAAUCAGCGUUUGAUCGGAGUUGCAUGCAUUGACAUUAUUGCCGAGAAGCUUAUCAGCAGGCACGGCAGCGCUGUUGUUCAAGAAGCAGUGUCUAAACGGAGCUUCCAUUCUUCAGAGAAUGUGAAGCCUCUCCCUCUCACUCAACCAGUCUCGAAUGCAACCAUUAUCAACUGUGGUUUUACUGGGAAGCUGACUCCCAUUUGCCCGCAAAGAGAUUUUUCGACACCGAUCACAGAGUUCAUGUGCUGUGGCGAUUGUGCUGUUUCCAGCACCAAUUCUUCGAAGACUUCAUUGGCGGUUGGUGCCAUUGCUGGUAUUUGCGUGGGAGUUCUUGUUCUGGCUGCCGCUGCUGUAGUUCUCUACUGUAAGUGCUGCAAAUCCCCCUCGCCUACCACGAGUGAAACUCUCAUCGGGGCUGAACAAGAAGUGUGGGUGACUGGCCCAUCGCCGCAGAGGUCGCCUAAUAACACAACUGAUUGAAAGAGAGCCUUGCUUCGUUUACUUCAUUUACAACUGAAACUUGGCCCAGCCUGCGAUUAAACUCAUCAGCAACAAUGGACAAGUGAAUGAACAGUCUAGCCCGGUGUCCAAAAAAAUGUAGAAAUGUA